UGGUUUCGUCCUCCCGUCGUUAGGCGGCGCUGUGGAAAUGCUAAUUUUUGCAACUUCCUGUGGCUAAGUAAACUCGCGUCGCAGAUUCGACAGAACUGAGUCUUCGUCAAGUGAAAUUCGACAAAUAUACACUGGUUUAUUAUACUUAUAGCUUUAUACUACGUUACUCGUGUUGAGUAAUCGGUAAAAUCUUCUGUGGCUUGUUUUAUUUAUAAGUUGGAGAGAAUGGAUGGAGAACAAACAGCUGGUUCUGUGUUCAUGUGUCGGCUGUGCAACCUGUUUUCUCCCAGUCGCUCCCAGCUGCUGGCCCACUGCUCCCAACUGCAUCCUCAGCAAACGUCUCCAGAAAAAAUCAUAAUUGCAUUGCAGCCACUUCCUGCAGAGGCUGCUGAGAAACUGCCUGAAAAUCCAGUGAAGAGAAAACGAGGACGACCAAAAGGCUCCGUAAAGAAGAAUAGAGUGAACUUGACAGAGGGAACAGCCGCCACCGCUCAUUCUGAAGUAAAAGGAGACCUUGAUGCUAUUUCUCUCGAAGAUGAAAACCUAGAUGGGCUGGAGUGCCAGCGUUGCCAUCGCUCGUUUGGAAACAGACGACAGAUCCUCAAACACAUCUGCUUGAGAGAAGAAAGUGAUUUCAUAGAAAAUGGGAGCGUCUGUAGCGGAGGAGAUCUGGACUCUAACGGAGUAAAUCUGAGCCAUGUGCAAAACGACUCCACAAGACCAGAGAAAGACAUGGACAGCUUUAAUUGCUCAAGAGGCAACAGAAGUCAAGUCUUCAACAAAGGAGGUCCAAUGGCAAGCCAGAAAAAAACAGUCAUCAGUGUCAUUCUGGCUGAAGAUAAAAAACUUCCUGCAGGUGUUUGUAAAAUAGUUCCAGUUGAGAACGAGUUAGCUUCAGCGGAUCCAGCUCAACAUCAGAACAGUGGAAAUGGAGAUCCUGCCUGUGAAAAAGACACAACAGACCAGGAGCCAAGCUCUAAUCUAAACCCUACAGCAGCAGCAACCACCAAAGGGUUUCAGGAAUAUUCUAUCAAGCAGAACUCCACCAGUAGUUUCCCUCAGAGUCAGCUGAAGGUCUUUGCCUGUGAGUUCUGUCAGAAGAUCUUUAAGUUCAGACACUCGCUGGUGGCCCACCUGCGGACGCACACUCAGGAAAAACCCUUUCAGUGUCCGCACUGUGACUACGCUUCAGCCAUCAAGGCCAACCUGAUUGUUCACCUGAGGAAGCACACAGGAGAGAAGUUCAGCUGUGAGCACUGUCCCUUCAGCUGUCUCAGCCCUGGACACCUGAAGGUUCACGUUGAGCGAGUCCAUCUGAAGAUAAAGCAGCCCUGCAGCUUCUGUGAGAAAAAGUACGCCGACGUGAAGAACCUACUGAAACACAUGGAGAAACAGCACAACCUGAGCAACUCGGCUGUGAACCAGAACUACCAGCAGCUGAGGUUGAAGACUCGCCAGGGCCUCAGGCAGCUCCUGUACCAUUGCUCCACCUGCAACAGGCGCUUCAAGAAUCAGUUGGAGCGGGAGCGCCACAUGUUGGUCCACCUGCCUCAGCCCCCCUUCGCCUGCAUGCUCUGUGAUCACGCUGCCACCAAGAUGGCGGCUCUCGCCGCCCACGUCAGAAAGCACCUCUUUCUGUACAUCUGCUGCGUGUGUGACACAAAUCUGGUCAGCUCACUGAGGCUGAGGAGUCACCUGGGGCAGUCUCACCCCGAGCUUGACCUAGAGCAGACCUUCAUCGACUGCAUCAACAUCAGCUACUGUCUGGGUCCGCCUGAGAAAGGAGGAGGAGGGAGCGAGCAGGCCCAGGAGAUGGAAGAGAACAUGGACGGUGACGGCGGAGGGCGAGACGGGGAUGGAAGUGUGAAAAUAGAUAAAGGGAGUGAACAAAAAGAAGAAAUAAGAAACGAAGGUGCUGAGAGACGUUUUGAGGACAGGCGUGGUCAGACACCAUCUGAUGAGAAGUUAAAUGAAACAACGGAAAGUUUUGCUGCUGCUGAAAUACUUAAAGGAAACACGCAAAUGUCUUUGUCAGCGGCUGGUUCUGAAAUCCCACCACAGGAGAACACACACACCCCUUCACCAGGAAAAGCACGCUCCGAUAUCAACAGAGACACACCUUCGUCUUCAGGUCCUCUGGGAGAAAACGCUCAAACUCCUAAUUCAGAAAAGAGCGCGUUCCAGCAGGUGCUUUCUUCCCUCCAAAAGACUCCACUGGAUAUGGAGACUUUCCAGAGACUCAGAAAAGUUUAUGGAAACCUGGAAUGCCAUUACUGCGGGAGGCUGUUCUGGUACAAGGUUCAUUUUAAUAUCCAUGUGCGCACACACACCAAGGAGCACCUGUAUCACUGUCUGACGUGCAGCUACUCCUCCGUCACCAAGAGCUCCUUAAAGCGACACCAGAUCCAGAAGCACAGCGACCUGCUGCUGCCGUGCUCGGCUCCCGGCUGUAAAUUCACCACCGCUGACAAGUACAAACUUCAGGCCCACGCGAGGACGCACCAGGACCAGAGGAGCCGUGUGACCUGUCCCGUCUGUCACGGCAGUUAUCUAGAACACAGAUUAAAGCAGCACAUGAAAACAUCCCACCCAGAUAAAGUUCCCGUGGGUAAAGGAGCGAUGGUGCAGCGUACUGAGAAGUGUCCUCACUGUGACUCCUACUUCCUGAAGAACAGCAGUGACUUUCAGCAGCACAUCUGGGCACAUCAAGGUUUGAAGCCGUUCGUCUGCAGUGUGUGUGACUACUCCAGCCGCAGCCGGAGCAACCUGAAAGCUCACAUGAACCGGCACAACAUGGAGAAACAUCACCUGUGCGACCUGUGUGGGAAAAAGUUCAAAUCAAAAUUCACCCUGAAGAGCCACAGGCUGAGCCACACAGAGGAAGGAAAGAGGUUUCAGUGUUCGGAGUGUCACUUCACGUCAGUGUUUAAACCUCUCUUGCUCAGACACAUGGAGCAACACGCUAAAUUUAAGCCAUUUCGGUGCACUCACUGCCACUACUCCUGUAACUUUGCUGGUGCUCUGAAGCGACACUACAACAUGAAGCACCCUGAUGAGAUGUAUGAGAACGCCGGACCCGGACUUCCAAACGCAGAUGCUCUGAAACAGCAAGGUGGUAGGAAGUGUCCUGAGUGUGAGUUUGUUUAUGGAACGAAGUGGGAGUUAAACCGUCACCUGAAGACCAGACACAAUCAGAAAGCCGUGCAAGGCACAUGGGAGGUUGCUGUGGAAACAGAAGCCCAGUAUGUAACUGUAGAGAACGAAGAGCAGCUGACAGAAGCAACUGUGGCCGUCCUGGAGGACAACGUAAAUACCCAACAGAUCUCUGAGCUCAGCUCGGAGACCCAAGAUGCAGUUGCCUCCAUGGUUGCCAUGGCUCCCGGUACUGUGACUGUUGUCCAACAGUUGCAGGUGGCUGAGGAGCAGGAAGUUGGUGAAUGUAGUGAUCAGCUGAUGGUGGUGAACACAGAAGAGAGUCUGGACGGUAACCAGCUGAUGGUGGUGGAGGACGCAGGCGGCCUGGAGGCCCUGACAGUCCUCACUCAGGGAGAAGACACACACCACUACAUCGUCUACAUCCAGGAGCAAACUGUAGAGAUCAACUAGAAAUGUUCAGACUUCAUCUUCAUGGCACCAAAAAUAUUAAAAUGAAGAUGUGAAAAAAUA